CCCAAAAACAGGGUCCUUUGCUUUGUCUCUUGCGUUCGACGAAAUGGCUCUGCUUUCUGAUCUCAUUAACUUGAACCUUUCGGAAUCCACCGAGAAAAUCAUUGCCGAGUACAUAUGGGUUGGUGGAUCUGGCAUGGACAUUAGAAGCAAAGCCAAGACUCUUCCUGGGCCGGUAAGUGAUUCUCAGAAGCUGCCAAAAUGGAACUAUGACGGUUCAAGCACUGGUCAAGCGCCUGGGGAAGACAGUGAAGUUAUCUUAUACCCCCAAGCAAUAUUCAAGGACCCAUUUAGGAGGGGAAACAAUAUCCUGGUGAUGUGUGAUGCUUACACUCCAGCUGGGGAACCAAUUCCAACUAAUAAGAGACAUAAUGCAGCAAAAAUAUUCAGUCACCCUGAUGUUGUGGCUGAAGAGCCUUGGUAUGGUAUAGAGCAGGAAUACACCUUGCUGCAAAAGGACACAAAAUGGCCUCUUGGAUGGCCCCUUGGUGGCUAUCCUGGACCCCAGGGACCAUACUACUGUGGUAUUGGUGCUGAUAAGGCCUUUGGCCGAGAUAUUGUGGAUUCCCACUAUAAAGCCUGUCUUUAUGCUGGAAUCAAUAUUAGUGGUAUCAAUGGAGAGGUGAUGCCUGGACAGUGGGAAUUCCAAGUUGGCCCUGCUGUUGGCAUCAGUGCUGGGGAUGAGUUAUGGGUAGCUCGCUACCUUCUGGAGAGGAUUACUGAGAUUGCUGGGGUUGUUCUCUCAUUUGACCCUAAACCAAUCCAGGGUGACUGGAAUGGAGCAGGUGCUCAUACAAACUACAGCACCAAAUCCAUGAGAAAAGAUGGUGGUUAUGAAGUUAUCAAGAAGGCGGUUGAAAAGCUUAAAUUGAGGCAUAAGGAACAUAUUGCUGCUUAUGGGGAAGGAAACGAACGCCGCUUGACUGGAAGGCAUGAAACAGCUGACAUCAACACCUUCUCAUGGGGGGUGGCAAACCGUGGUGCAUCUGUUAGAGUUGGGAGAGACACAGAGAAGCAUGGGAAAGGGUACUUCGAGGACAGGAGGCCUGCUUCCAACAUGGAUCCCUACGUUGUCACCUCCAUGAUUGCAGAGACAACCAUCCUGUGGAAACCUUGAGAGGCAGCCAUUCCUUCCUCAUAAACUCAUAAAACUAUGAUUGUGGGUUUAGCAUCAAUAAUUUGUUCCUCUGUUUUCAUUGCUUUCCAAUUGUGUUGUGUCUUUGUUGCUGUGGAUUUAGGUUAGGUGAUGAUAUAUGUACUGUGUUUGCAUUGCAAUCCUCACUCCUAUAGUGGGAUUAAUUAAUAAUAACCUCAUUCCUUAAAAUGGGCAUAUUACCAUGCAACUGAUGUUUCUAUCUUCUGAAUGGAUACCCCUCUAGUUUCAAUGAUUUCUA